AUGACUGAGAUUACACGGAGCUCCAGGGAGCAAGAUGGUCCAUUUGCAGCACUAGGGUGCACGAUAGAGAAGUUUACUAAGAUGAACGCUCAAGCGUUUUCAAGAGCAGUUGAUCCUGCAGUUGCUAAGAACUGGAUGCAAGAGAUAGAGAAAGUACUGACGGUGCUUCAUUGCACCGAUGAGCAAAGGGUCCUCUAUGCCAUGUAUAAGUUGAUAGGAGAGGCCGAGAUAUGGUGGAUGGCCAUGAAAUUAUUGGAGGAGCAGAGGCCCAUACUAGAGCCUAUGACCUGGAGCAGGUUCAGAGAAAUAUUCUUUGACAGAUAUUUUCCCUCCACUAUCAGAGAGGUUAAAGUGCAGGAGUUUCUGAGUUUGACUCAGGGGUCGUUGACAGUCCAGCAGUAUGCGACAAAGUUUAUAAAGCUGUCACGAUUUGCUCCAUACAUAGUUUUAGAUGAAGCUAAAAAGGCCAAGAAGUUUGAAAGAGUUGACAGAGCCAUAGUAGCAGAGGAGAGCGAAAAUACAGAUGUGGGAGUAUUGAGCCAGAGGAAGAAGCCCAUGCCUCCGGGUUUUCAGGCAGGUUCCAAUCGGGGCCCAUGA